AUGAAGUUCUUCUCAAUUGCCUCCUUGGGGCUGCUCCUAGUGGUGGCUACUGCCUUCCCCACCUCAGAACUUCAAGGAGAAGAUGGAGAGAACAGUGUCACUCGAAAUAAACCAACACGUGCCUCUUCUGAAAAAACCGCAGGACAGAUUUCCUACCUCAUCAAGGAAGUCUUCGAAAUGAGAAAAGAACUGUGCAAGAAUGAUGAGACCUGUAUCAAGAGCCAUGUGACAGUGUCCGAAAACAAUCUGAACCUUCCAAAGAUGACUGAAAAAGAUGGAUGCUUCCAAACUGGAUACAAUCGGGACAACUGCCUUGUGCGAAUCACCUCUGGGCUUCUGGAGUUUCAGGUCUACCUGAGGUACAUCCGGAACAAGUUUCAGGAAAGCAAGAACAGGGACAGAGCUGAACAUGUGCAGUUCAGUUCCAAAGCCCUGAUUGAGGUCUUGAAACAAGAGGUGAAGGAUCCCAGUAAAAUUGUCUUCCCUAGCCGAACUGCAAAUAUCAACCUGUUGGCAAAACUGGAGUCACAGAAUGAUUGGCAGAAGGUCAUGACCAUGCAACUCAUCUUGAGCAACUUUGAGGAUUUCCUGCAGUUCACCCUGAGAGCUGUUCGAAAAGCAUAGUGGGCAUCUAAGCUUAUUGGUUCAUGAGUAUUCCUUCCUUUGGUCAGAAAACAUGU